AUGGAAAACAUAACCAUCGCAGUGGGCUGUGAUCAUGAAGGGCACGAUAUGAAGGUGCAACUUGUGCAAUAUCUCACCCUCCUUUUAAGGAUAAACAAAAUUUCUUCGUUUAUGUUAGGUUAAUUUUUUUUAAAAAAAUUUAAAAAAACUGUUAUACUUAAAUUUUAUUUUUUAUAAUUUCUUCAAAUUAAAUUUUCAUAGUGAUCUUCAGAUUUAUUUUUAAAUUCAAAUUUGAUCAAUUUCCAAAAAAAAACAUAUAUAUACAAUUUUUAUAGUUCAGAAGCGAUUAUUUCCCAAAAAUUAUGAUUAUCUAAGGGCAGCUCAGCCGAAAAGGAAUUUCCGUUAUUGAUGUUGGCACAAAUAAUUCCACUAAUGCUGUUGAUUAUCCAGUAUAUGCAAAACUAGUUUGUGACAAAGUUCUUUCAGGUGAAGCUCAAAGAGGAUUAUUAAUUUGUGAGUCAGGAAUUGGGAUGUCAAUGGCAGCUAAUCGCUUCAAAGGUAUCCGAUGUGCUGUUUGCCAUGACUAUUUUGGAGUUCUAAUGACAAGGGAACAUAAUGAUUGCAACGUUUUAGCUUUAGGUGGCAAAGUCAUUGGCAUAGAAGUGGCUAAGCAGGUGGUAGAUACAUAUCUCUCAACACGUUUUUUAAGCGAACACCCUAACCACCCUAGAAGAGUCGAUUUACUAAACUCUUAUCCUUAG